AUGGCUCAGACCCUCGGGCUUGAAUUUUUGCCCGCGGGCGGACCCAAGCGAUUUAGCUAUGCCGAGCUCAAAGAUGCCACUAAUAAUUUCUCUAAUAUUGUUGGUAGAGGUGGAUUUGGGGAUGUUUAUAAAGGAGAGUUGGGUGAUCACCGGGUUGUCGCCGUGAAGUGCUUGAAAAAUGUUACGGGUGGUGAUGCUGAAUUUUGGGCUGAGGUCACUAUUAUUGCCCGAAUGCACCACCUCAAUUUGGUCCGAUUAUGGGGUUUUUGUGCCGAGAAGGGUCAGAGGAUACUUGUCUACGAGUAUGUGCCCAAUGGUUCACUAGACAAGUUUCUAUUUUCUUCUAGGCAAGUAAGACCAACGAGCUCUGAAUAUGAAAUGGAUGCGGUUGCGGUUGCAGAGUUCGAGGACAAGCCAAUACCGAGCUCUGAAUAUGAAAUGGUUGUGGUUGCGGUUGCGGUUGCGGUUGCAGAGUCCGAGGACAAGCCAAUACCGAGAUCUGAAUAUGAAAUGGAUGCGGUUGCGGUUGCGAUUGCGGUUGCGGUUGCGGUUGCAGAGUUCGAGGACAAGCCAAUACUUGAUUGGAACAUUCGGUACCAAAUUAAGCUAGGAGUGGCGAGAGCAAUUGCCUACUUGCACGAAGACUGCCUAGCGUGGGUCUUGCAUUGCGACAUCAAGCCAGAGAAUAUACUUUUGGGAGCUGAUUUUUGCCCAAAGAUAUCGGAUUUUGGAUUGGCCAAAUUAAGGAAAAAGGAAGACAUGGUUAGCCUGUCAACGAUCCGGGGCACCCGUGGGAACAUGGCACCCAAAUGGGUCAAGAUGGAUCCGAUCACACCAAAAGCUGAUGUGUACAGUUUGGAAUGGUGGGCAUUUGGGAAGGUGUUCAAAGAAAUAAAGACGGAGGACAUUUUGGACCGUCAGAUUAAGCACUCUUAUGAUAGCAGGGCUCAUUUCGAUAUAGUGAAUCGGAUGGUGAAAACAGCGAUGUGGUGCCUUCAGGAUCGGCCAGAUACAAGGCCGUCGAUGGGGAAGGUGGCUAAGAUGCUGGAAGGGACUGUUGAGAUCACUGAACCUAAAAAACCUACAAUUUUCUACUUAGGUGAAGAGUGA